AGUUACUUACGAUGAUGGAAUAAUUAAUUUAAACAUAAAUACAUUGCAGGAUGAAUGAAGGCAUACAUUGUCGCGAAGCAGAGCAUGACGCGGGAAGCUUCCCAAGAGGAAAUGAUGAAAAAGUGGUGAGCCCCUUUGAUCAGAAGAGAGUUCAAGUGAAGGGAUAGCGACAGUGACAGUGACAUUGAUGGGGAUUGCAGAGAACUCAAAGGGUUUGGUUCUGGCUGUCGCGUCGGGUGUGUUCAUAGGGGCAAGCUUCAUUUUGAAAAAGAAAGGUCUCAAGGAAGCUGCUACUAAUGGCACUCGUGCAGGAGUUGGAGGCUAUUCUUAUCUCCUACAGCCUUUCUGGUGGGCUGGCAUGGUUACAAUGUUUAUUGGGGAGGUUGCUAAUUUUGUGGCUUAUAUAUAUGCUCCUGCACUUCUCGUUACUCCCCUCGGCGCACUGAGUAUAAUUGUCAGUGCUGUUUUAGCCCACUUCUUGUUGAAGGAAAAGCUUCAGCAGAUGGGGAUUUUGGGUUGUGUGUUCUGCAUCGUGGGUUCAGUUCUCAUUGUUAUCCAUGCACCUCAAGAGCACGCUUUGAAUUCUGUACAAGAAAUAUGGGAUCUCGCCACUCAACCUUUAUUUCUUGUUUAUAUGACGGUAACAGUGUCGGUAAUUUUAGCCUUGAUUUUGCAUUUUGAGCCUCGCUAUGGUCAGAAAAAUAUGCUGGUCUACUUGGGAAUUUGUUCAUUAAUGGGCUCACUUACGGUUAUGAGCACAAAAGCCAUAGGAAUUGCAAUCAAGCUUACAUUAGAAGGAAUAAGUCAAUUAACGUAUCCUCAAACUUGGUUUUUUCUUACCGUGGCUGUCAUAUGUAUCAUCACACAGCUGAACUAUCUGAACAAGGCACUGGAUACGUUCAACACAGCCAUUGUCUCUCCCGUACAUUAUGUCAUGUUCACAACUCUGACUAUUAUUGCUAGUGUGAUAAUGUUUAAGGAUUGGUCUGAUCAGAGUGCCAGCAGCAUAGCCUCUGAAAUAUGUGGAUUUAUCAUUGUCCUUUCAGGAACAAUCUUAUUGCAUGCCACAAGAGAACAAGAACAACCUAACAUGCGAGGGUCCUUAACAUGGUACAUUGGUGAAGACUUGGUGAAGGGCAUUGAAGAUGAACGCCUGAACCUCAUUAUACACGGUUCAGAUUAUAUUGAACAGUGAUUUUUUCAAUGUAAGAGAAUGCAACGAUGCAAAGGUCAACCAAGUGGGUGCAUGAUUUGGAGCAUUUGCAACCUGUGUAGUUUAAAGAAAUGUAGAAACUAUCUUAUACAAUGUGUGAUUUAAGCAAAUCCUUUUCGAAAUAAAAUAAGGAUUGCUGCCAGCCAGCCACAUUGCAACACUGGAUAACAAUGCAGGAAUUAAAAUAGGUAAUUUGAAUUAUAAAAACUGAAGAAGGAAUUAAAGAGGAAGAGAUAUAAUGAUGGAGUGAAAGAUGGUUGUUGGAUUUUUUUGGCUCAAAAAUAGAUCCAUCUAUUUGCAGCACAUAAUGAAUGAAUGAAUUUGAAGAGUAGUGUGGAAGUAAUAAAUCGAGGCUUUGACAUGUGAAAUUGUGGUUGGAAAGGAGAAAAAAAUUUCUACAAUUUGAAGCAGAUACAGUUCACACUCACACACUAGGGAGCUUAUUUUUCCGACACUUUGGACUCUCUUCAUUAAUUGUGGUGGCUACCUUCACGGCUCACUAAAUACUCAUCACUGCUAUGCCAACGGCUAUACAAAUUAUCAUUACAACUUGUAAUCAACAUGUUUUGUAAGAUACAGAUUUUAAAUUUAUAAUUCGGUCCCAGGAUGUCAUAAUCUUGCACGUUUCCUUCCAUAAUUUCCGCUCCUGAGGGAACAGAACAC